AUGGAACAAAACAGGAGAAAAAAAACGAGAGAAGCUUCGCUUUUGGCAGCCGACCAAACUUUGUUAAACCGGUCGGAAUUUAACUUAUGGGAACUUCUUAGAUUUCUUGUUGGUUUGUGUUUGUGACUGAGUAGUUGUUACCGGUAGUGGAGUUGUUGUGGGGCAGGUCCUCGUUUUCUUGAUUUCAUCCCUGCUGGCUGCUGGAAGGUUCUAAUCAGGACACGUAUCUCGCGGGCCGAUUCUCCAACCUCCACAGGAUAUGGUCAUGUCAGCGUGUUCGAUAAACCCAUGCGCGCACUACCUCUAGCCGUGGAACAUACGAUUGAUGGAGCGACGACCCGCAUCAACAAAGCUUAA